AAAAAUUUGGAUCAUAUCACAUGGCAAAUGGAACGCGGCCCAAACCCCCUUUCUAUAGUUUGCGCCGGAGAGAAGAAAACCCCGAAAUGGAGUGGGCGAUAGCCGCCGCGAAUAAGGCGGCGAGCAGCAACACGGUGGUGAACGCAUUUCUAUUGAGCAUUUUCGGGGCGCUGAGCGCAAGGUCGUUCAAGCAGCAGAGGAAUAUCGAGGCGUUGGAGGCGGAGAAGAACUCUCUGGUUGAAUCCAACAAGAGCAUGAGGAAGACGAUGUGGGACUGGAAGCAACAGCUCUACGCGGAGGCCGAGUCUCUUUCCUCUCACGCGCUCGUUCCCCUCUCCAAGCUCAAAGCCAUCUAUGGCGAUCAGGAAUCCGCCUCUCCCCCUCUCGCCCGUUCUUCCAAUGGAAAAUCCGAGGGAAGUGGAAAAACACCAGGUUCAAGAUUUAUAAUCUGAAGGUAUUUUUGUUAGUGAAGAGCUGUGCAGAGUAUCAUGGAUCUGUCGCGUAUCAAUGAUUUUUCAUUGCAUCAAUAACUUAGCUCCACGGGCUUAUGCAGCAAGUAAAAGUUUUCUCCUAAAGGGAAGUAUUGUGUGUGGGGUGGAAUUCAAAUUGCGUAACGAUGAAGGAAAUGAGAAUGGAUAUAGUUGCAUUUGGAAAACCCCCAAAUUCACUCCAUUUUUAUUUCCCUCUUUUGUUGAAUCUCUAUAUUCAUCUUUCAUGCACUGUGAGACUUUGAGUACUAUGAGUCUAUGAUGAAUUGAUGAUAGGUCUUACAUUACAUUCUGACCUUAAAGCUAUGAUGCUAAGUAAGGUUGGAGUACAUUUAUGUUUUUUUGACUAAUUAAAUGGUUAUUACCCACAAAACCAAAAAAACUCUGUUAUGUCAAAAUUCAUUCAUAAAGUGCAUAGUGCUUG